UCAAUAAAAUGUUAUUACAUCAUUUGUGAAUCUCCGGCGGAGUAUCUAGACACUGCGUAAAGUUUGAACAUACGAAUUUAUAUCGCGAUAGCACAAAAAACAGCCCGUCAUGGAAAAAAGGCAGACAAACAUUGAGGAGCUGGAACCUACUCUACCGGCAGAAGCCUCUAAUAAACUAUUGCAAUCCGAAAAAUAUGACGAUAUAGCAAAAAAACCAGCUGCAAAUUCAACCAGAACUGGCAUUAAUCGCCAAGUUCUGCUAACAGCCGUUGUGACUCCAGUUAUGAUUUCAAUGGCUCAUUCGCUUGCAUUUCCCGCUUUGAUAGUACCAUCAUUACGAAAUGAGAAUGGAACGUUGCACUUUGGCACAGAAGAAGGCUCUUGGUUUACCAGCACAUUCAGUAUGGCCUCACCGAUUGGUUCAAUGAUUUGCGGCCUUAUGAUGGACCGUUAUGGCAGAAAAAUUACAUUGGCAACGCCGUUAGUUCCACUGAUUAUAAGCUGGAUUGUUUUGGCAACUACAGAAUCUCAUUUGGUACUGUUUACGAGUCGCGUAUUUUUGGGAAUUUUCGGAGGUUUUGGACCUCCAAUAUGCCAGAUCUACCUCGCUGAAAGUGCCGAUGCAGAAUUCCGUGGUGUAAUCAUAAACCUUAGUUAUGUCACAUUAUCACUUGGAUUUCUGUUAACAUUUAUUCUGGGUGCAGUGACGAAUUGGCGAAAUGUGGCCUGGUGUGGAAUCGUUCUACCCAUUGUGACCUUGGUUGGUACACUGAUAAUACCCGAGUCACCAAUUUGGUUGCUCCGAAACGGUCACAUGGAAAAGGCAUACCAAAGUUUCCUUUGGCUGCGUGGUGAUGCAAGUAUUGCUCGAAAUGAACUAAACGAACAUUUAAGUCGAAUCAAUCAAGAAAGAGAAGUGGCUCGAAAUGCCGCACAAUCGACAUCAUAUCGUGACUUUUUGCAGCCAUCGGUUUUAAAACCCAUCACCAUAAUCUUUGCUUUUAUUUUACUGUUUAAUUUAACCGGAACGUAUUUGAUUAUCUACUACGCUAUCGAUAUACUAUCUCAAGUACACUUGACCGUCAAUGCAUAUAAUGCGAGUGUAAUCUUAUCGGUGGUACGAUUGGUAGUUACGGUCGGUUUUUGUUGGCUGUUUACAAGAGUGAAAAGACGAAAUAUCUAUCUCAUAGUUGGUAUAGGUUCAACGAUUAGUACACUAGUUUUAGCCACAUACUUACAUAACGAACAGCUAUUUCCAAAUGAAACGAUGAAUUUAACGGUGACUGGUUCGAUGCUUCUACUGUUCAUAGCAACAAAUACCGGAUUUAUGAUUGCCCCAGGCUUUAUGACCGGUGAAAUGUUACCUGCAAAGAUCCGUGGUCGCUUGGCUGGCUAUAUUUAUACGUAUUUUAGUAUUGUAACUUUUGUACUCAACAAAUUCUUUCCAAAUUUAAAUGAACACAUUGGCUUGACUGGGGUUAUCUUCGUUUUUGGAUUAGCCAGUCUAGCAACGACAGCUCUCAUUUAUUUCGCAGUACCGGAAACAAAAGGGAAGUCGCUACUGGAAAUCGAACGAUAUUUCCAGACUCAUGGAUGGAUUUACAAGUCAAGCCGCAUGAAUGAAUCGACGGUGUCGGGCUAACUCAACGAUUUUUAUCGUUAUUAUAACAUAAUUUUUAGUACAUACCGUUUUGUGUACAUCCUAUUUUUGACAUGGACGUUUAUAUACGUUUUAUUUGACAUGAAUUGCAACUUGUAAGCGUCAAUCAUAAGCCGCCUUGCAACCGCAGCAAGCAAAAAUCUUUUUGACAAAACCAUUCCCAUAAAACAAAGUCUUAAUUAAUUCUGAACAUCGUGCCAAAGUAUUUCGAAUUUUUUUUGUUGUAGUUUUAUUGUGAAUUUAAUGUGUUGAAAUGAAAUAAAAGUGUGAAAAUAAAAUUGAUAAA